AUGAGCGAAAAUCCUGAAUAUAAUAAAGAUGAAGAAAUAGGCCCAACCAUUAUUCAGUCAUUGUGUAUGAACUGUUAUAAAGAAGGCGAAACAAAAUUAUUACUUACGUCAAUUCCGCAAUUCAAAGAAGUAAUAUUAAUGUCAUUUGAAUGUCCACAUUGUGGAUUUAAAAAUAACGAGAUCCAAUCAGGAGGUGUUUUGCAGGAUAAGGGGGAGUGUAUUGAGUUAGUUGUAACGAAUGUUUCUGAUCUAGAUAGACAAAUUGUAAAAUCAGAAUUCGCAACUAUUUCAAUAUUAGAGCAAGAGCUUGACAUCCCUCCAUCUACUCAAAAAGGUGUAAUUUCAACUAUUGAAGGUAUAAUCACAAAAACUAUUCAAGGUCUUUCGCUCAAUCAAGAAGCGAGAAUUGCUGAAGAUCAACAAGUAGGUAACAAGAUUGAAAAAAUUAUUAAUAAUUUAAAAGGGUAUCUAGAAGGUAAGGGGCUUCCCUUUACUAUUAAACUAGAUGAUCCAAGUGGAAAUAGCUUUAUCCAAAAUCCAAUUGCGCCUCUUGUUGACCAUAAUAUGAAAAGAAAACUUUAUGAUCGAACAAAAAAGCAGUUGGAAGAAAUGGGAUACUUUGGAGUUCAGAAUCUGCAAAAUGAAGAAAGUCAUCGUAUUUCUACAUAUCAGCCAAGAAAAGAUAAUCCAAAUAAUACAUUUAGCAAAGGAGCAGAUAUUCCAGAUCACCUCAUUCCUCAUUAUAUUGACUUAAAUAAGAGUAUUGAGGAUCAAGGCGAAAUGAGUAACAAUGAUGAUCGUAUUAAGUUCGAUGUGCCUUGUCCAAACUGUGGUAAUAAUGGUGAGAGCGAUGUAUGUGAAAUAGAUAUUCCUGGUUUCAGAAGAUGCCUUAUUAUGGCAUUUGUUUGCAGUUUUUGCGGGAUUAAAACAAAUGAAUUAAAGCCUUCAGGUGCGUAUGGUGAGCUUGCAAAAAAAUGGAUUUUAUCUGUCGAAAACGAACUAGAUUUAAAUAGAGACGUCUUAAAAAGUGAUACUGCUUCAAUUGAGAUUCCUGAGAUUGAACUUGAAAUGGGAAUGGGAUCUUUGGGAUCAUUAUUUACGACUGUCGAGGGUAUGAUUAUUAAAAUUACAGAUUCCCUGAAAGAUUGCUUUACUUUCCAGGGUGAUUCUGCAACAUCUGAACAAAAGAAAGGUUUUCAAAAAGUAAUUCAAAACCUGGAAAAUUUAUUAGAAAAAAAAGAAAAGUUUACUUUAAUUAUUGACGAUGCAGCAGACCAUAGCUUUAUUGGUAAACGUAUUGUUAAUGGCCAAUUUAUCCAAGAUGAUCAACAAUUGAAAACAGAGAAAUAUCAACGUACUAACGAUCAAAAUGAAAGUCUUGGAAUCAAUGAUAUUAAGGUGGAGAAUUACUCUGAGUCUGAAAAUUGA